AUGGCUGUAUUUGCAAAAUCAAGGGGUGGUCUACCUGGUGGUCGGCACAAAAAGAAAAAUGACUUGAUAUUUGGACUAACGAGGAAACAACUAUCACUUCUCGUUCUCGUGAUUCAAAACUCGACCCUGGUGCUAAUGAUGAGAUAUUCGAGAAUCAGACAGAAACCGGGGGAGAACAUGUACAUAGCAUCAACUGCAGUUUUUCUUGCCGAGAUACUAAAAAUUAUAGCAUGUUUGGGUGUCAUCUGGCAUCAUGCGAAUUCAUUCGAAAGAUUUGUCCACACUGUACAGACCGAAAUUUUGAACAAACCAAAAGAGGUAAUGAGGAUGUUGGUACCAUCAGGAUUAUACGCACUUCAAAACAACCUUCUUUACGUCGCGCUGUCCAAUUUGGAAGCUGCCACGUUCCAAGUCACGUAUCAAAUGAAGAUUCUAUCUACUGCCGUGUUUUCGGUGAUUCUAUUGCAUAGAUCACUCAGCAAGGAAAAGUGGUUUGCAUUAGUGUUGUUGAUGAUUGGCGUAACUCUGGUACAAUUGCAAACCGUGAGUACGGUCAAAGUUGUUCCUACACCCGUCGCUGGUGCUCACGUUCCCCUACCCAAGAAUGAAGAAAUGGUCGACGGUGGAAUUACCAAGGAUCCAAUGUCGGCAACCGAACUUCUCUUGGCCGCUCAGAAUCCACUCAUAGGUCUUAUAGCCGUUAUUACCUCUUGCAUCUCGUCAGGAUUUGCUGGCUGUUAUUUUGAAAGGAUUCUCAAGGAGAGUGCGAAUACGAGCAUGUGGGUACGGAAUAUUCAAUUGGGUAUAUCUGGUGCAUUAUUCUCUUUCCUUGGCAUGGUGUUUUAUGAUCGUUCAGAGAUCUUGGAGGGAGGGUUUUUGCAAGGUUACGACAGCCUCACUUAUAUGGUAGUUGCUAACCAGGCUCUAGGUGGAUUGCUUGUUGCGAUCGUCGUCAAGUAUGCUGAUAAUAUUCUCAAGGGCUUUGCGACGUCAUUGUCUAUUAUUAUUUCUGGUAUUAUUAGUUCGUACUUUUUCGACUUUCAUCCAAGCUCGCAAUUCACCAUCGGAGCAAUGAUUGUCAUGGUAUCAACGUAUCUUUAUGGUCAAGAUUAUAAUCAAGAGAAAGAGAAAGAGAAAUCCAAGCCGGUGAAACAACAUGGCGAUGAUGUAAGCGAAGGUUCUGUUUCUCUCUUGAUGCUCAAGUGA